CUCCUUUUCCUCCUCCUCCUCCUCCUCCUCCUCCUCCGCCGCCCUCGCACGUUUGGGGCCGCGGCCUGAGGCACCCGCGCGCCGCCAGGACGAGGCGCUGCGUGCCUCGGCGGUCUGCCCCUCGGGCGCCGCCGUCAGGGUGCGGGCCGGUGGCGCCCACGCGGCGCCCCGCGCUCGGAGAGUGCGCUGCCGCCGCCGCCGUCGUCCGUUGUUGUCGUCGCCCCGUCGCCAAGAGCGCUGUUCGGUAUCGUGCAACCGAUCCCCAUGCCCAUCCCCACCUUCGAGACCCCCCCCAAAUUUCCACUCCCGUCGGGGAUGCGCCCCUCGAACCCCGAAGGGAACGGCUUAUAUCCCCAUCUAGGGGGGUCACAAUCGGCCAGCGAGGCCCAGGCCACGCCGCUGGGGAUGGGGAUCGGUGAAACGAUACUCAGCUGUCCGCGCCAGGAGCGUGCCAGCACCCUGGUGAAGGCCCUCGCAUCCAUGCACCGCUACGUAGAGGGCGGCCAGGCGCCAUGGUGCGUCGCGACGUCCUCGGGCGUCCUCGUGGCCGUGCACAUGCUCCGCGCCGGCGGGAGGCUGAAGAUCGUGGACACCCCGGGCCCCGCGCCGCUCCGGGAGGCCGAGUAGCCGCCGCCGGCGCCGAGGCCGCCGCCGCGGAGCCGAGCCCGGCCGCGGCGGUGCAGCCGCCCGCGCGCCGCGGGGGGGCGGAGGGCUCUGCGCGGCUGCUGCUGCAGGGGUGGCCCUUCUAAAACGACGCGAAGAUCAGUUCCUCUCAGGGCAUGCUGGGAGGAGGGUGACCGGAGCGUGCGGGGCGACCGGAGACCGCGCGGAGCCUGCGCGCGCGGGUCGCUGCGGCACGCGGCUCCCUCGAGA